AUGUCUGAGGGUAACUAUGCAUCAAAACGAAAGAAGCCUGCUACCUCGGACCUGCAAAUCGACCCGUCUCUCCUCCUCGCCGCCAGCGACGCCGCCAUUCUCCCCGUCGCCGAAUACCCAAGUCCGCAACACUACCAACCCGGCCAAUACCAGCUCACGCCCCAGCGCUCCCUCGACCACUACCAACACCAAUACUACCCCGCCUCCAACAUCCCCAUGCCCCUACCCGUCUACUUUCGCCUGCACCCCCACUCGUCAACCCCCUUGCCCGCAAAAUCCAUCUGGCUCUCCAUUCUCCAGGCCCCGUCUGUAACACAGCUGCGUGACCUCGCCAUGCGUGAACAUCCGGGUACCGUAGUGCAUAAGCUCGAAGGCUUGGUUUUGCACAGAGCUGCUGGUGCUGGUGCUGGUGCUGGUGCGGGCCAGGACGGCAGAGACGUUGUUGUAGAUAUUGCGAAUGAUGAGGAGUUGGGCGCGUAUUUGACGCAUGCGAAGAGUAGUAGUGAACAGGGCGCUGGGCAGGGGAAACCGACGUUUCUGGUGCUGUUGGGUCCGGGUGAGGGGGCUUGUUAUGUUUAG